UCAGGCCAUCGCAGCCAGCCGCAGUUGCCGCAAGCGUGACGCCGCGCCACCUCAUGCCCGCCGCGGCCGCGGCCACGGCCACUGCAGGCGGCGACCCGGCCGUCCUCCACGCGGUCCUCGUCAAGACCGCCUCCGCCUCCCGCGCCGCCUACAACCUCCUCCUCUCCCGCUACCCGCCGUCGCUGUCGCUACCCCUGCUCUCCCGCCUCCCCUUCCACCCCAACGCCGUCUCACUCACGUCCUCCCUCGCCUCACUCUCCUCUUCCUCUCCGUCGUCCGCGCUCCCGCUGCUUCGCCGCGUCCUUGGCAUAUCCUCGUCCCUCCUCGCCGAUGGUCCGCUCUCCUCCCUCCUCCGCUCCAUGCCUCCGUCCCUAGCGCCAUACGUGCACGCCCUCGCCUUCAAGCUCGCCCUCUCCUCAUCACCCUUCUCCUCGUCCUGCCUUAUCACUCUAUACUCCCGAUCCCGCUCCCCCGUGGCCGUCCGCCACCUGUUCGACGAAAUCCCCGUUGCAAACCGAGACCCCGUCUGCUACUCUUCCACAAUUGUUGGGCUCGCGCAGAACGGCCGAUACGAGGAAUCUCUGUCCGUUUUCGUCAGUAGGCGCUCCAAUGCUGUUUGUUCAACCAUGCACCCACUGUCCGCUGCUCUCCGGGCGGUCGCGGGGCUUGCUGCGCUGGAGCAGACUUGUGGGAUUCAUGCGCAUGCCGUGGUGGUUGGGCUUGAUGGGAAUGUGGCUGUCGGGACUGCGCUGGUUGAUGCUUAUGGGAAGGCCGGACUCGUGGAUGAUUCAGGGAAGGUGUUUCAGAGGUUGGGUGAUAACCAGAACUUGAUCACGUGGAAUGCGCUGCUGUCUGCGCACGCGCAGCAGGGAGACGUGCAAGCUGUCAUUGGAUUGUUUAAUCAGAUGGCGGAGCUGGGGUUUACGCCCGAUGGGCUCACGUUCCUUGCUGUUCUCACAGCAUGUAGCAAUGCUGGAGCAGCAACUGAGGCUGAGUUUUGGUUGGAAGCAAUGCAGUCCAAGUACAAUUCGAAGCCUGGCCUUGAGCAUUAUACUUGCAUGGUGGGUGCAAUGGCACGGGUGGGGCGUCUAGAGGAUGCAGAGUGUGUCGCAUGUACAAUGCCAUGCGAGCCGGAUGCAGCUGUGUGGCGCACACUUCUAAUGGGCUGUGUGGUUCACCGCAAGGUUGACUUGGCAAAAGCCAUGGGGCAUCGGCUAUUGGAGAUUGACCCCAAUGAUGACUCAGCCUAUGUCAUGCUUGCCAACGCCUGCUCGGAAGCUGGGAGAAAGGAUGAGGUGGCUGAGGCAUGGACUGCAAUGAGGGACCGGGGAGUCAGGAAAGAAGGUGGUCGGAGUUGGAUUGAGGUUAGAGGGCAGGUACAUGUGUUUGUUGCAAAUGAAAGAAGGCAUGAGCAACUGCUAGAGAUAUACGGCAAGUUGAAUGAACUGAUUCAAGAGGUAGAGAAGUUAGGGUACAAGGAGGGAGACGAGGGGUUCUGGCAUCAUAGUGAAAGAUUGGCCCUCGCAUAUGGGUUGAUCAGUGGUGCUGUACCAUCAAGAAAGGUGUUGAGGAUAGUGAAGAACUUGAGGAUAUGUGCUCAUUGUCAUGAAUUCUUCAAGUAUGCUAGCAUGGUAAUCGACAGAGUAAUUGUAGUAAGGGAUGUCAACAGGUAUCACACGAUUAAGAAAGGUGUUUGCAGUUGCGGAGACUACUGGUGAAAUACUUAAUUUCUGAGGAUAAACUUUGGUGCCAGAUAGCAAGAAUCAUUUCUGUGAUUAACUGAUUAUUCGGAUACAACAUGAUAAUAUAAUUGUCACUCCGGAAGAAAUUCUCUGCAGCAUGUUCUUGGGAAAAUUGCUUGUACUGGUUACCAUAGGACUUAAUCCCUUCCAUACAUGGUUGAAAUUUUGAAGAGAACUUUUAUUUUAUGGUGUUGCAUAGACACCAUAACAUCUUGUAGCUCAUGAAACAUGAAUCAAGAUGACAGUGAUGCUAUUUAGGUACAAUCACUCUGGGGAACCAUUUGUGCCUGCUGAUUAACAGUUUGGGGUUUCUUAGUUGCCCCAGUUCAAUAGUAUUAAUAGUUGAUACUUGUUCUCAUCUUGGUUCUGGUAUACAAUAGCUCAUCCCACCCCAGCAACAUAAACUGCUGAGAUGAAGUACCCUUCCUCAGUUGCUCUGUAGGAGCUUAUUUGAUGACUGCUAAAAGCAAUGAACUCUACAGCAGAAGACUUGUGGCUUUGCAGGACCGAGUGUAGUACAACAAAGGCACUAUUGAAACAUCUGGUGUCCCUGCAUUAUCCUCUUGAACUUGUAGAGGUGCACCGCAGUGCUAAUUUUCACUGGACAGAGUAUUACAUUUAAUGGUAUUAUUUGUCCUCUGCAUUUUAAAGACUAAGCAUUGGCCUUCCAGGGUAGCUAUUGUGGCUCAUAUAUUUAAUCAUGAGACAGCACCAGUGUCCAGACUUUGAUGCUGCUAUUUGACUGAAAACUUGAAUUGUUCAGAGAAGUUUACGAGUUUUGGUCUUGAAAAGUUGUGUUACUGUUAUCUAGUUCUGUAUUACUUUGUGACGUAAGGUGCUGUUUGUUUUGGAGAAAAUGCAUGUUUUUUAAAGUUAUUGCUAGCUUGAUCUGCCAUGCUUCACUCUGGCUUAAUAUGUUGCAUGUGCAUGUUGAUUUAUCAUGUCUGCUGGAGUCUGAAAGCUUUGGUUCUUUACCAUGCAUUUGUUUUCCUUCUGUCAAACUGUCACCAAGAACAGGAAGAGAUGGCUGUAUAAUAGUUGAAGAAUUUAAUAAUUUGCACAUAUGAUCCUUGUCUCAUUACGAGCGUGCUGUCAUUAGGAAAGAUUCUUGUCGUCAAUUAAGAAUUCAAGAGAAUUCUACUAACGGUUCCUUUUCUAUGCAUGUGUGAGUGAGCAGGACAAGUGGUCUAUUAUUUAAGAUCCGAAAAUCGUUCCCAGAUGCAAAAAAUUUGUGUGAUUUGAUCUCAAGAACUGCACUAUAACAGUUAUAUCUUGUGGGUUCUGAAGUCACUAUUCAUUCAAGCUGCAAAGGGAAACAAGAAUUUUUUUUAAGGACUAAAGGAAAACAAGAGUUAAAGAAGGAAUCUGCAGACAAAAAAAUUACCCCAAGCAUGAGGGCUCAAGACGAGAACACUAGUUGCAAGCUGGGGAGGACUGGAGGAGCACUGGCUUGGUAUUCGGCAUUUGCAAACCGGUGGCUUCAGUGGGCAACAGAAGUGCAGAACGAAUCUUUGAUCAGAUCAAACUUCGUUGCAACCACCCUGCAAAAGCAGUCGUACACAUCUGCCAAGGUUGAGCGGCGCUCCGAAGUCUGAAACUCUGAAUCGCAUUGAAAGGGACCAACGCACUGUUGAACGGAGUUAAGGAGUGAUCAGAAUCCGGGUCAUGUCAAAGCAUCACUCACUCCCUCUUCCUCCUAUCUAGAGGCAAACUGGCAAAGCAUGGCGCGCGGAUGGAUCUUUUACCCGAGGUUUCAAUGUGCAAAUGCAGUAGGCCAGGAGAGUAAUGCUAAGCCUGCCAGCCUCUCCUCGCUUUUCACCUACUCGUUCAAUGUUUCAGUGAUGAGCGAGCGAAUCCUGAAGCCUCCCAGGAGCACUUGUGGCGUGGGUCAUGCCUGAGAGUUGCUGAGCAAAUCAUUACCACCACCCUGCAGUUCCACUCGGCCGUUGCCCACUUGGUCUAUGGACUGUGAGUACCCUGCCCGUCUCCGUCAGGUUCUCGCCGUCCAUGUCCUGUGUGCGGAGACACUAUCUUAGCAGAAUUCAUUAGUAGUUUUAGCUCCGAUUAUUAUGUUGGGUUAUGGUCCAUGCAUGCAUGCGUCUCCGACAGCCAUGCACAUACACACACUUCCCCGAGGGCCCUGGAAUUAUGUGGGAGUGUUUUGUCCCACUAGGGUGGCAGUGGCACCAUUGCACUCAUCUAGGCAAAGGCAAGACCGCAAAGUACAAUGAUAAUGGCCAGUGGGAAGAAAGUUAUACCUAUAAAUGUGCAUCGCAAGUUACCUCUCGGUAGUGAAAGUUCCAUGGCCAAAAGCGAGCCCAAAGUGCCCUAGAUGAACCUUGAACACCAACUGACCAUCUGUGCCCCUCACUUUGUUCCUUAACACGCUUAACUUGCUUGGUACUGGUACUAGUUACUGGACUGGAGUUGAGUGGUAUACAAAGGAAGGAAAAGGAGGAGUAAUCAAGGAGGAAAAGAUGAUAUGUUACACUUGGAGGUACAUCUAUGUUGGGGAUGAGUAUACGGGUCGAAAGUUAAAGGGGUCCCUUUGCACCUGGUGAGAAGUAAUCGUCAUGGAAAGAGGAAAGACGAUCAAGUGAGAGGAAGUUUCGUGCUCAAAGGAUGCCUGUUUUUUCUCUCACUUUGCUCAAAGGAUGCAAUUCGUGAAAGGAACGCAGGGAUCGACUGGAAAAACUGCUUUUGUGGAGUAGAAAAGCGUCAGACCUUGUAACCAAGACCGACUGAGCAAGUUAUUCCGUAGGGUGAAAUACCGAAGUUCAUUGUGCAACUUUCAGGUACCAUUUGCAUACCUGGAGCUCAAUGUGACAAGUAAACAAGCGUUCAAGCUCCAGCAAGGAGUAUCUAAUGUCACGGCUGUCCAUAACGAGAUCUUGAUGGGAGAAACAAAUGUUGCGAUUAAAGGAAAACAAGGACGCUUGGAAAGGGCAUGAGGAUCAUCUGCGGCCAAGGAUAGGACUGCGUGCGCCAUGGCACUUGGAAACAUGAGUACAGCAUUACACUUAGAGAUACUCGGGCAGAAAUAGUGAAAAAUUCCAAAUAUGAUAGUAAGUAGGCAUGCUGAGCAGCUGAUAGGCCAUGUAAUGGUUGGCCAUUGCUCUUAACUUUUCGAUGGUGUUACUAGUGAAAUUGUUACAAGUAAAAUGAACCAUAGUAAUUAAUUCUACAUGUACUCUUGCUGUUACCAAAAUAAUAGUUGCGAUACAUUUUCUA